CGCGUGCUGACAGAUAAUUUCUCGUUCACUAGAACAUGAUUUGUUGUGUUUGCACAAUACCACAGGGAUGAAUUAGUCGAACUCGCCCAACCCACAGUGGCAUAUAGCCAGUGAAUCAAGUAAAAACAAAAACAUCGAUAACCCGUCACCCGAGGAUGCAGGCUCGACAAUGGUGUUUUCUAGUUUUCAUUCUCAAUGCUGUACUAGGAUUUCCGAUAGAGGAUGAGAUUGUCAACAAAGAUGUUGCUUUAGAUAAGCCAAUCCUAAGCCUUUUGGAACAGAAUAUCGGUGUUCAAGUAAAGGGAGGGGUCCUAAAAGAAGGUGACAUCUAUGUCGAGCAACAGAGUCGCCACGCUGUUGGAAACCCGCGAUUAACAUGGAGGGAUCGCCACGUGCCAUAUGAAUUAGACCCAGGAUUCGAUCAGGAACAAAGCAACGUUAUAACAUCUGUUAUGGCAGAAUUACACGAUAUCGUCGGGGAUGGUUGCAUCAACUUCCGACCGAAAAUAGACAGUGACCGUGAUUUUGUCACCAUUCUGAAAGACACAAAUAAUGGAUGUAUCAGUGCUGUGGGGAGAAAUGGUGGGGUCCAAAGACUGUCAUUAGCUCCUAGAUGUCUUAACAGAGGUACCAUUUUCCAUGAGCUUAUGCACACACUGGGAUUCUGGCAUGAACACACGAGACCCGACAGGGACCAAUACAUCAAAGUUCUUUGGGAUAAUAUAGCAUACCACCAAGAGACUAAUUUCAUUAAGAUGGAUGAGCGGGACGUCGUGCUGCUGGACAGGUAUGACUACUACUCAAUCAUGCACUACUCAGUAUACGCGUUCAGCAGCGAUAACCACCCCACUAUACAGAUGAGUGACAGCUCAGUAGACGUUUCCAGAGUAGGUCAGCGUCUCAACCUCACGGCACUAGAUAUUAUCAAAAUACGUAAACUAUACAAUUGUGAUCAAAAAGAAUGCCAAAACCCGGGAACUCUAAAAAAUGGAGGAAUAUCUAAAGAUGAUCUGACUAUAGGAUCGAAAAUUACAUACAAAUGUAACGAUGGCUUUGCUUUGAUCGGGCCAUCCGAGCGGAUCUGUACUGACAACGGGACGUGGACAGGCGACACCCCAGUCUGUCUGGAUCCGACCAAAGGCAACUACCAUUACUGUAAUUUUGACAACUCGUCAAUAUGUGGAUGGCAUGGCAAUUGGACAUGGACAAGCUUUCCGACCCCAUUACAGCACACAGGACCAACAUGGGACCACACCUGGGACAGUAGUAUAGGGGCAUUCGUCUACGCCAAAGGGGAAAUCUUAGGAGAGCCAAACACUCUCUUCAUCACAUCACCUGCUGUUUCUAAUGAAAACGUCGACUACUGUAUUACGUUCACGUUAUCAAUGCACGGUGAAAUGAUGGGAAGUUUGAAUGUCAGUAGUACAUCAUGUGGCGACACUGUAAACCUACAGUCGUGGCAGGGUGACCAUGGCGACAGCUGGAACAGAAUCACCCUGGAGGUUAAGCUGGCCUGUGUAUCACAAAACUUUCAGAUUUCAUUCGAGGCAGGGGAGAGUCAAUCGACAGAGAGUGAUAUUGCGAUAGAUGACGUGUUGGUAGCCGACUGCACCACCAUCCAGAGUUUCCUUGACGAUCAGGAGUUUAACAGGGACGGAACACGUGAAUAUCUCUACAAUCCCUGGCCUGCAACAUGCCAGUAUAUGUAUAUCGAGACAUCUGGACCACGCACAGAAGGUGAUGUGGCCAAACUGUCUUCAGUUUUACUAAGGAUCACAUUCUACUUACAGGACAACUGGUUUUAUUGUUUUUCCUUUUACUACAAUAUGUAUGGAGAAAGCAUAGGGACACUAUCAGUACUGAAAAGGACGCUUACAAAUCAAACAUUGCUGUGGAAUAAGACGCAAAAUCAGGGUAAAGGGUGGAAAAGAGCAUCUGUAGAAUUUAACACAUCAAACAAUGAGAUGCUGGAGAUUCAAGCAACGCGAGGACGUGGAUAUAGGGGGGAUAUCGCAGUCGAUGACUUUGAAUUAUGGUCAGGCAAAUGCAGGAAAGUUUUAGAAUGCGAUUUCGAAGAUGGUUUUUGUUCCUGGAAAAACCAAAAUACGUCAGACAUGUUUGAUUGGCUUAGGCAUAGGGGACCUACAAAUACCCCUGGGACUGGCCCAACACAGGACCACACGUCUAGGAAAGGCUUCUACAUCUACAUGGAAGCAUCAUCCCCGCAAGUUAAAGCUGAUACAGCUAGACUGACAACGCCAUUCCUUCCGCCAACUCCCUGGGGUUAUUGCUUCAGGUUUUGGCUAUGUAUGUAUGGGAGAGAUGUUGGGAGUUUACGACUAAUCACAAGAGAUCAAAACGGCAAUGAGACAGUAAACUGGAGUUUAACUGGCGAACAAAGUAGCCUGUGGCAAUCUUAUUCAUUGUUUUUAGAAGCGUCUCAUUUGACAAUUCAGAUAAUCCUUGAAGGAGAGGUCGGAUCAUCAUUUAGAGGAGAUAUUGCUAUAGAUGAUGUUUCUAUUCGAGAAGAAAACUGUUACGCCUGAAAAAAAGACAUUUACUCUACGUGCUUUCGAGCGAAGAGGAAACUGGUUGGUUGCUAUGGAAAUAUCAGUCUCAGAUUCUUUCAAAACAAAUAAGCAUUAUAUAGUUAUCUUAUAUAUCAUCGUCUAUCAUACAAGUUAUUUCGCAUUUCAAAAUUUGGUAAUGUUUACUUGUUGUUACGGGAUGGGAAACCUUCCAUCCACUUCAUUCAGUGGUAUUAUAUGUUACCUUUUUAAUUACAAUAAG